GUGAUAAUAAUUUGCUCUCAUCAGUUUUUUUUUAUUUAUUAAUGUGUAUGUACUUCUUUUUUUAUGGACGCUUCCAUUUGUUUUGUCUUUGUGCCAUUUCUACUUACAUAUGUUUUCAAGCUCCAUUUUGGCUGAUUAACUGUAAGAAUCGAAGUUUUGGAUCUUUACUGUAUAUUAAGUACGCUUAUACCAUUCUGUAACUCCAAGCUUUGUCAACAAUGAACUUAUCAAUAAACUGUUUCAAUCAGCUGUUCCUUGGUGACUUUAACGCUGGGCAUUUUCAUUUUCUCUUAUCGACUUGUGUUUCACCUCCAGUUUAGCUGGUGUAGUAUUAUACAAUUCUGUACAUUGUUUUGCGUUCUUAUGUUCUUAAGGAGGUAUCUUUAAGCAUUUUUAUUUAAUAUUAUUUAUAUUACAUACAUAUUUUUCUCCAAUACUUUUGCACACAAUAAUGCUUUCAUCACCCUCUUCCGUUGCCUCAAAUACUCGUGCACAGACUCAUAAAUCCCCUACUACUUCUGACAUUAUGAAGGCAAUCGCAUCGCUAUCUACUUCUCAAUCGUCGCAGUUCAGUGAAUUUAAAAGUAGCAUUUCGUCACUCACCUCUCAAGUAGCAGAUCUGGUUACUGAGAAUGCUUCUUUUCGGGCAGAAAUUUCAGUGCUCCGCUCAAGAAUAGAUGUUCUGGAAUCACAACCUGGCCUCUCUAGCGAUUCAUUUUCUAUGAUUUUACGUGAAUCCACUGAACGUAGUAAAGUUGAAUUUAACGCAAUCACUUAUGGAGUGCCUGAGUCUGCUGCAAAUACUGCUGCCUUAAGACUUAAAGAUGAUCUGCUUUCCCUUAGAAAUCAUCUCAGACAAAUUUCUGUACCAGAACCCAUUGAACCUAAGCUAAUAUGCCUAGGCAAUAAUAAUGCGAAGAAACCGAGACCUUUGAAGAUAAUUUGCCGAUCCAAGGCCGAUGCUUCUCAGCUCAUUUCUAAUUUUAAUUCACAAAUGCGAAUGGGAAUAUUACCUGAUCCUGAUUUUCGUAUUGUUCGUGACAAAACCACGCUUGAACGAGAACUUUUACAUAAAGCUCAUUCCGAAUUGCAAAGUAAAAUGGAUGGUGGCUCUUCAGAUCUUACCAUUUCAUACAUAAAUGGAGGACCCUCAGUUAUCAAAGCCGGUCCAAAAAACCCCAGAGGAAGAACCAAUCACCAUCCGAGUUCUACUCAGCAUUCGCACUAGUUCCUGACUUCAACUCUGGAACUAAUGGGAAUGUACAGUUCACUUAAUUAUACCUCUUUGAAAUAAGG